AUGUCCAACAUAGACCCAACGCCUUCCAAGCCUGUGGUCUUCCCAUCGGUUGAAGAGUUUAAAAUCGAACGAAUAUUUCCUAUUCGAAAUCUUGUCGAUAGAAGAGAUGUUAACAAUGGAACAACCUCACAGAAUGUUGAUGAUGUUCCCUCAUACACCUCAAACCAUCGAUACUCUACCUUGGCUCAAGAAGCUCAAGGUAGAGCAGACAAUGUGAACGAGAGACACAUUGAUGAGUCCAACGAAUCCAACUUCUAUCCACCGCCUUAUCCACCUAUACCCUCUGACGAUACAAUUCGCAGACUGCCUGGAAUCUCGAUUAAAAACCAUUCAACGGGAAGUGGCAGUGAUGAACGAUCAUCCGAGUCUGAGAAAAAUAGGAAGAUAUCCCAACGUUCACAAUUGGUCCCCUCAAAACAUGGCCCUCCAGGUAUUGCCCCGGGUGAACCUGUGGGCACCGAGGAACAGCCACUCUACAAGUGUGAAGAUGAACCUAUACACAUUCCAGGGGCAAUUCAACAAUAUGGGGCAUUGGUCGCCUUAAGAUACAACGAUCAAGGGGAUCUUGUUCCUCGGAUUGCCAGCGAGAAUACGUUCAAGAUAUUGAAAUAUACGCCGGAACAAUUGUUUACUCUAAAGUCUUUUCUUGAUGUACUUGGUGUGGACGUUCGCGAAGACUUCAUUGCACGGGUGGAUCAUGCUCUUCGAGCUGCCAGCAAAAAUCUAUGUUCUGACACGCGCCUGGAUAUAUUUUCCAUGUCGGUUGUUGCACAUACAGGAUUGGUAAAUCUCUGGUGCGCAAUUCAUAUAUCCAAAAACACUGAUGAUUUGAUCAUCUGUGAAUUCGAAGAAUUUUCCGACAACAUAUUUCAUCCUGAUGGGCUUCACACUGCGAAAGAUUUACCAAAAACCCCAACGCGAACAAUUGACAAUGAUAUAGUGCUUGGAGAACGGUUAAAAAGUAUCUCCAAUAGAAGUCAACCGUUACGUGUCUUGCAAAUCGCCAAACGAAAAGGCAGGCAUGCCGUCGGUUCCCUGGAGGUGUUCAAUGCUAUGACACAAGCACAAGAACAACUUGCUGCUUGUACUUCCGUUCAGAAGCUUCAAGAUGUGGUGGUCGGCCUCAUAUUUGACUUGACGGGCUUUCAUCGUGUCAUGUUUUACCGAUUUGACACCGAGAAAAAUGGAUGUGUAGAGGCUGAGUUGGUCAACCCCAAAGCAAGUGAUGAUAUCUUCAGAGGGUUACAUUUCCCAGCUUCGGAUAUUCCUAAGCAAGCUCGCGAUUUAUACAAAAUCAACAGGAUUCGAAUUUUAUAUGACCGGGACGAAGAGACUGCACGACUAGUCUGUCGUGACGAAUCGGAUUUCGAAAAGCCAUUAGACUUGACACAUGCAUAUUUACGUGCCAUGUCACCACUUCACAUAAAGUAUCUUUCGAAUAUGGGAGUACGCUCAACAAUGUCAAUCUCUAUCGUGAUUGACGGGGAUCUCUGGGGGUUAGUAGCAUGUCAUGGGUAUGGUAAUAGCGGUGUUCGUGUAACUCUACCAAUGCGCGAAUUGGCCAGAAACAUUGGAGAAUGUGCAUCAACAAAUAUCGAACGAUUACUGAUGCAGCAACGUAUCGAAGCUCGAAAAGCACCGCGUCAGACUUCAGGAAAGACACCUUCCGGGUUUAUUGCGGCAUCCUCCAAUGAUUUGCUACGCGUAUUUAAUGCCGACUUCGGCCUUCUCAACAUCCAGGACGAAGCACGAGCUAUUGGAAAACUUCGCCCCUAUCGAGAGGCCUUAGCGAUUCUUGCGCACCUACAAUCUCGGCGCUUUACGGAAAUAUUUGCCACGCACAAUAUUGCCAAAGACUUACCAAAAAUAAAGGAUCCGUCGGGGAAUAAUUCUGUAGCUGGUAUACUCGUCAUACCUCUUAGCACUGGCGGAAAUGACUUUUUGGUUUUCUUCAGAAGAGGUCAACUUCGCGAAGUCCGGUGGGCGGGUAAUCCUUAUGAGAAAAUCAAGAGGACUGAUGGUCACGAAGCCCGCACUCCACUAAAUGCCGUGGUUAACUAUCUCGAACUGGCACUGGAGGAUAAAAUCGAGUCCCCAACUCGCGAAUUGCUUAUAAAAGCCCAUAAGGCUUCAAGAUCUUUGAUAUAUGUGAUUGAUGAUCUGCUGAAACUCACCAAAGCCGAAAAUGGUCCGGUCAAUUCAAUCAAAGAUGUUUUCGACCUCUCAGCUACAGUCUCAGAAGUUAUGUCAGCUUUUCGAAAAGAAGCAGUUCGAAAGAGCUUAGAUCUAACUGUCACUAUACAUCAAUGUAUACCAGAAAUGGUCAAAGGUGAUGCUGCUCGAUUACGGCAGGUUAUUUCCAAUCUCACAAGCAACGCGUUUCAAAACUCCGUGGCUGGUGGUGUCAAAAUUGACAUUCGGCCUUUACAGAUAUGGCCAAAGAGUACCGUAAUCUCUAUCACAGUCCAAGAUGUUGGCCAUGGAAUGUCCGAAACACAACUGGAUGAAUUAUUUCAGGAAUUUGAGCAAAUAUUGGACGAGACAGAUGUUCCUACCCCUACAAAACCAUCACCAUCAAGUGACACGAGAGAGACUCUUGGUCUUGGCCUUGCUGUAGUAGCUCGAUAUGUUCGUAACUCCAACGGCAAAAUUCGAGUACAUAGCGAGAGAGGAAAAGGGACAAUAUUUGGCAUUGAGUUACCAUUCGAACAUGCCGCGAGUCCAGCAGAUAUCCCAGAAUUUUCAAUCAGCAAUAACGGAAGACAUAUUCGUUCACUAUCUGAGACGGGUAGUAGCUACGACGACAGCGAUCGGAUAACUUCUAGUUAUACACAUUCGACUUUCGGGGGGACCCCACUAGCAACCCCAAUUGAAGAAGGUUCAUCUUCCGCGACAUCAUUCUUUGAUGUCGCAUUUUCUUCCAAAGAAGAUCCCAUUAUUACGUCGACGGCGCGCAGAAUGUCAAGCACACCUUCAUUAACUACCUUUAGUUGUAUGUCAACAAAUAAACCACUUUCAAUCUUAGCAGCGGAGGAUAAUCCUAUCAAUGCCAAACUUCUCCACAGAAGACUUGGUAAACUUACACACAGAGUUGAAAUUACAAAUGAUGGACAAUCAUGUCAUGAUUACUACAAAUCUCAAAAUAAAGGCGUUGAUGUCAUCUUGAUGGAUUUACAGAUGCCUCUGGUUGAUGGUUCUAUGGCCACGAGAAUGAUCCGUCAUUUCGAAAGGGAUCAUCCGGAAUUACAUAAAGCAAGAAAAAGAGUUCCUAUUCUUGCUGUUUCGGCCUCUCUUACCGAGGAAAAUCGUUAUGAUUAUAUCGAAGCUGGCUUCGAUGGCUGGAUAUUAAAACCUAUAAACUUUACCCGUUUAGAUUUUCUCCUCCGUGGUCUAAGUAAUCCCCAGCUUAAACAACAGGCGCUCUAUAUACCUGGAAUGUGGGAACAAGGUGGAUGGUUCUUGGCUUGA